AUAAUCUCCUCCAAAGCUCUUGAAAAGAAGAAAAAUGGCUUCCCCUUCCCCUUCCCCCACCAUUCUCUAUACAAUAUGCUUGGUGGGGUUCCUCAUAGCUCCCCUCUCCAUGGCCCAAAACUCCCCCCAAGACUUCGUGGACACGCACAACGCAGUCCGAGCCGAGGUCGGUGUCUGGCCGGUCUCCUGGGACGCCACCCUGGCUGCCUAUGCUCAGAAUUAUGCCAACAGCAAGAGCGAGACCUGCGAGAUGGUGCACUCCAAUGGACCCUACGGCGAGAACCUGGCUGAGGGAUACGGCGAGAUGACUGCGGUGGAGGCGGUGAAGUUCUGGGCAACUGAGAAGAAGUUUUACGACCACCGAGCGAACCGCUGCGUCGGGGACGAGUGCGGGCAUUAUACGCAGAUAGUGUGGCGGGACAGUAAGCGUAUAGGGUGUGCGAGAGUGAAGUGUGAGAACAACUGGGUUUUUGUGAUCUGCAACUAUGAUCCUCCAGGCAACUAUAUUGGCCAACUUCCUUACUGAAUGAACUUGGCAGAUGAUUAAAAGUUGGGACUUUAUAUUAUGUGACAGAAUGAUGAUGAUGUUGUUAUAUUGAUCAUAUGCAAUAUAUUUGCAUCUAUGUUUAAGAAUAUUAAAUAGUUACAUAAAGUUAUGAGUUAUUUA